CCUCUGUUGUAUCCAAUUCUAAACCAAACAACAGAUUCUCAUAAUCAUCACCUCUUUAAGGAAGGAAGAAAGAUCAAAGCUUCUAUAAGUUUAUAAAAAGAUAACAAGAUGGGUCUCGUCAGCUUCUUGAUUAUGGUUGUUCUCGCAGUAAUGACGUCACGUGUGAAUGGAUACGGUGGCGGUUGGGUAAACGCACACGCCACGUUCUACGGUGGUGGUGAUGCCUCCGGCACAAUGGGAGGUGCUUGCGGGUACGGAAACCUUUACAGCCAAGGGUAUGGAACAAACACGGCAGCGCUGAGCACGGCUCUGUUCAACAACGGAUUAAGCUGCGGUGCUUGCUUCGAGAUACGAUGCCAAAACGAUGGAAAAUGGUGUCUCCCUGGCUCAAUCGUCGUCACAGCGACUAACUUCUGCCCUCCUAACAACGCGUUACCGAACAACGCAGGAGGUUGGUGUAAUCCUCCUCAGCAGCAUUUCGAUCUCUCUCAGCCCGUGUUUCAACGCAUCGCUCAAUACAAAGCUGGCAUUGUCCCCGUCGCCUACAGAAGAGUGUCUUGCGUGAGAAGGGGAGGCAUAAGGUUUACUAUCAAUGGACAUUCUUACUUCAACCUUGUUCUGAUUACUAAUGUGGGAGGAGCCGGAGAUGUUCACUCGGCGUGGGUUAAAGGGUCGAGAACAGGAUGGCAAGCCAUGUCGAGAAACUGGGGACAAAACUGGCAGAGUAACUCUUACCUAAAUGGACAAGCUCUCUCUUUCAAAGUCACAACCAGCGAUGGUCGAACCAUCGUUUCUAACAACGUCGCUUCCGCUCGUUGGUCCUUCGGCCAGACCUUCACCGGCGCACAGAUACGCUAGGAAGGGGUGAUUUGGUAAAAAUUCUCAUAUCAUUUGACCAAGUGAAAACUAGUGGUUCGUGUGGUGUUGUAUGUAGUAGAAAGAUUGGAGAGGGGGCAUAUUAGUAAUUUGGUCCGUUCUUACCUAAAAAGAAGUGGUGCUUCGAGUGCUUGAUUUUCCACAAAGCCUUGAUGACGUUUCCUUUUCGGACCUUUCUAUUAUUGGUAAGGUUUUUUUUAAUAAGUUUUAUUGAUGCAGAGGUGGAAUUAAGGACCACCCGCUAGUAGUACAUUUAUCGUGUUUGUAUCCCCUCUUGAAGCGAGAGGGAGAGUUUCACCUUUCAAGAAUUGGUAGAUUGUAUUAACGUCGUUAAGUCAUCAUCAUCUAUGUUGUAAAUUUUCAAUUUUUAAAAGUACGGAAUAUUUGAGAUUGUUAUUUUUUCAGUUUGUGUGUCGUAAAUCACCAUAUGUAUUAUAUAGAGUGGAAAAAAUAAUAGGUAUAUAUUUGUUUA